UGUAUUGCCCAGUGAUAAGCCCCCUGGACUUUACGAAAUUGAGGUGCUGGAUCGUGCCAGGAAACGUUGGUCUUUAGUGAUGCGUUGAGGUAAACUUGACUAGGCUUAAUAAGGAGUCCAAGGAAUUAGCUUUGAACACCAAAUACAAGGCUAUUAUGGAGGCAUUCGAGUGGCAACAGUGGAUCGAGCGGGAGGAGUAUAUCCAGGAGUGUCAGAUGCUGCGCCUGAACAUUGUGAUCAAGAUGUUUGACAAGCGGGAGAGGGAAAUGCACGAAGCCUCCAAGUCACGGAUUGAGACCGCCUGCGAGACCAUCGAGCAGCGUCGUCAGGCGGGAUUGCGCAAAAUGAGAUCGAAUUCCAGCGGGAAUGCGACGUCUGGAGAUCAACUGUCAAGGACCCGCGUAAGUGGAAGAAACAGGGUCCAUACAGGCUCUCGGAACCCCAUGCUCCGAGUUUUAUGGUCCGACGAUGAGGCACGGCGUUGAUCCUGCACGUCGA